AUGAAGUUGUCCGUUGCCUCCCAGGUCCUGUGCGGCGCCUCGGCCGUGUCUGCGAUUUCGCUUUCCAAGAGGGAUUACAAACUCGGACCCACGGUUUCGUCCAACCACAGCAUCGGAAUCGGAGCCGGGUCGAACCACAGUGUUGGAGUGGGAGUUGGAGUUGGACUUGGAGCCUACGAUGCCGCGCCUCUCCCGCUGAACCACUACGGAUGGUUCGAGACCAUCUCGAUCAAGGAGGCCAAGGCCGGUGUCUUGAAGCACCACUCGCACGCCGUCACCACCCAGACCGUCGAUGAGGAGGGAAAUGUGGUCGAGCUCGUCCAGCAGGUCUACAAGGUCACCAUUCCGUGUGCCGAGGAUGGGAAGCCGGUACAGGAGCUCGACAGCCAGACGUCGACCACCACCAAGACCGGCGGCAAGGGCAAGACCGUCACCACCGGUGCUUCUGAUGAGGCGGAUGACGCUUCCGCAGCGGACGACGAGUCGGACGACGCAGAUGAGGGAGAUGACUCCGUGACCGUCCCCGGCGGCAGCGGUGCCUCGUCUCCUGACGGCGUCGCCACGCCCAAGCCCACCACUCAGGGUGGUGCUAACACUGCUGGCAAGCCUUCGCCGGCCAGCUCCAAGGCCGCCGAUGCCACCGACGCCGCCCCGACCACUGUCAAGUCUUCUGACGCCCAGACUGUGCCCACCAAGGCUGCUGACGUCGAGACGUCGUCGACCAGCGCCGCUGAGAGCACUGGUCGUGUCUCGGCUGCCGACGAUGCCACCACCACUAGUGCGACCACCUCCGCCAGCCCGACUCCUGCCGUCACCGCCCAGGCAGAGUGCGCCAACCCCAACAUGCGCUUUGAGUGGCGUAGCUACUCGGACUCUGACCGCAAGGCCUUUGUCGACGCCUUCACUUGCCUGAUGAGACUCCCGGCCUCCGGCGCCUACCCCCCUGCCCAGAACAGAUACGAGGAUAUCGUCCGUGUCCACCAGAUGAUGACCAGCACCAUUCACGGCAACUCCAUCUUCCUUGUCUGGCACAGAUACUACACCUGGACUCUGGAGCAGAUCAUGCGUGAGGAGUGCGGUUUCGACCGGGCCUUCCCGUGGUGGGACGAGACCUUGGAUGCCGGCCACUUUGCCGAGUCCCCCGUCUUCACCCCUGCGUACUUCGGCAGCCUGCCCGCGGCCACCAACGGAGAGGGCACCUGUAUUACCGACGGCGCUUUCGCGGGUCUGACCUGCCACAUUGGACCCGGUACCGGCAGCGUCGACCACUGUCUCGCCCGUGCUGUUGACGAGUCCCUGACCGCUCAGUCCAACGCCGACUUUGUCAACACCUGCAACUCCCGUGCAAUCUACUCCGAGAUGGAGAACUGUGCCGAGCUCGGACCCCACGCCUACGGCCACAACGGUGUCGGCUCCGUCAUGGCCGACGUGUCCGCCUCGCCCAGCGACCCCGUCUUCUUCAUGCACCACCUGUUCGUCGACCGCAACUUCUGGCUAUGGCAGAACAGCGACGCCUCGCGCAAGACCACCAUCGACGGCUGCAUCGACAGUGCCGACCCCUGCACCCCGCUGACCAUGGACACCGUCAUCAGCGUCGCCGGCCUGCGCCCCGACGUCACCGUCCGCGACGUGCUCAACACCCGCGACGGCGCCAUGUGCUACGAGUACACCUACUAA